AACUCUGUGGGUAGUUGUUAGUUACACCGUAAACGCCGAUUGCGCUAAACAUCAGAAGUGUGUUAAAAUGGAAAAUAGCAAGCAAAAGAUAAAAAACUUAAUUCACAAUCAUCAGGAACUAGACUUCAUUGAACUAUUGCGUGCUGGAUUUGACCCUAAUUUAGAAGGUGGUUGGCCAAUUCGACUAGCAGCUCGACAUGGCUGUACUGAUAUUGUAGAGGCUUUGCUUCAGUUUGGAGCAAAUCCACAUUUAUUGAGUGAAUCAGGUGCAUCAACGUUACAACUCGCAGUUUUUUCUGGCGAACACUGGGAUACUGAUAAAUGGACACCGUUACUGUCGUGUUGCGAUUCAUCCCAGUUGGCUGAUGGCGCAGCUGUAGCAAUUAUCUUUAAUAACGUUGAGGCUUUAAACAAGAUUUUAACGACUGGGAGAUGUAAUACUAACAUACCUACUACUUUAACAGGGAAAACAUUAGAAGUUUUGGCAAAAGCCUACAAAUUGAGCGAAUUAUUGAACACAUCAACAAUCAAUGAACAUCCUACACCAACUACUAUGGCGUCUUCACGAAUGUCAAGACAAGAGAGAAUGGUGCAUUCGCCAUCAUCACCGUUUCACAGUUCGAAUAGAAAUUUAUCGCCGUCUGUUGCUCAUUUUUUUAAUCAAACGGCACAUCAGACAUCGUUAUCACCUUCAAGGAGUACCAUGAUAAUUAAUUCUCCUACAGGGGACGCUAAUCGCCGGUUAUUAUAAAAUAAUCAAGUGGUAUAAAACGCACUUUUAUAAUUUUUAUAAAAGAAAGAUUAAUAUAAAAUGUUAGAAAGAGUAUGGAGACACUAAGUUUUAGAUAUAUGUACCUACAGUUUUUAUUACCUAUAUUAUUUAAGACAAAGCUAGCCAUGACGUUUAAUCAUAAUAAAAAUCAAUGAUAAUGACAAUUAGUUUAGAAAUUUUAUAUUUGUGUAAUGACUAAUUAGAAAUAAUGAAUAGUUAAGCAAGCAGAGAAUAAUAUAAUGAUAAUAAAAGUAA